AUGGCGAAUAUCGAUAAGGCUUUAAGGGCUUUGUCGCUGGAGGAAGAGGAGGAUACUCCUUUCAUUAUGCCAAAGGAUCCGAAAUACUGUUCGAGUGAAAGGAAUAUAAUGAGCAUAAUGGGCAGAACGUUAAACCCUGAAUGUCAGAACAUGGCAGAUUUAAUCCUGGACAUGCCGAGGAAGUGGCAAGUGUACGAUCGAGUCAGAGGCAUGACUUUAACAAAGGAGAAGUUUCAGUUCAUAUUCAAAUAUGAACAUGAUUUAGAAGAGGUGAAGGAGAUUGCCUUUGAUCCUUAUAAACCUCAAAGCAAUGAUUACGUGAGGGCCGAGGUAAAUUUUGAUGUUUCUAAACCGGUGAGAAGAUCAAAGGCUGUGGUAUUGCCAAAUGGGGAGACAACUACUGUUUGGUAUGACUUCGAGAGGAUUCAAAAAAGAUGCUACCACUGUCAAAGGCUCACACAUGAGAAGGACAAAUGCUCUAUCUUAAUCAAGUCACGAAUUGAUAAGGCUGCAGCUCGAAGACAGAGUAUUUUAGAGGCAGAAAAGGUUCAUGAGCCGGUUUUGAAGGAUAAUGACCCUCUUUUUGGAGUACUUUCCGAGGAUCAGGUAGGGAUCGAUCCAUCGACUGCAAGGACUCGGAUCAACUCAGAGGUCCUACAUGAAAUGAGAACUUAUUUGUUGGCUGCAGAGGAACCUGAAAGAAAAGUGAGAGAGGAACGUGUUAAGAAGUUCAUUUUGGACUUGAAAGGUGAUCGACGAAGUCAAAACAUGAUUUUAAGACUUGAAGUGCCCCCACAAGUCACCACAGAUAUCGAUAAAGUAAAGGGACCUAUUUUCCAGAAUAGAGAGGAUGGGAAUGAUGGUAAGCGGGAACUUAGUGAACACAGUGGAGGGAAGCUGAUAGGAGCGGUGAUAAAUGCGGGUUUAGCUGUGAGAAGAAUGCAAUCGAUUGAAUGCAUUGCUUCAGAGAGAGCUGCAGCAAACUAUGAGUCUGAGGGCUCUGUUUUCAGGUCUGUGUCUAUGGGAUUUGAGAUAGGUUCCUCUGAGGCAAGCUCGUCGGGUAUGAAAGUCAUAGCCAUUAAGCACCGAAGGAAGCUUACUCCGACAAAGAGGAAGUGCAAAAGAUCCUCUAGGGGAAAAGUUGCAGGAAAGGGAGUUGCUGCAGAGGGGAUUACGGUGGGAGUUUCACCACAAAAGAAGAAGGCAGAGGAAGGGAAGAUAGAGUCAACCAAAAUCGCAAGGCGUACAAAGAAUGAGGUGGUCCCGCAUGAGGGACUGCCGGAAUCCCAAUGA